GUGCUUAACUAUACACUCAAACACAGGGAUUUGGUAAAUGAUAGGAAUCACUGAGAAAAAAAUGUUUAUUGUGAAAACAGAAACAAGCCGAUUGUAUCACCAUGUGACUAUAGUCUUAACCAACCAACGAGCUCCUCUAGACCAUUUAAAAAGGAAGUACCGGUCAGCGCGUAGAGAUCUUUUGCGUGCGUUUGUUUGCUAAACCUGUUCGGCCGUCCCACGUUUCCUUCAUUUUAGUACAACCGGGCGGUGUAUGUAGUCGUGCUCCAUCUCAGGGUUGUUUAAACCAAACGUUUGUAGACGUAUGUUUCAAAGGGUGGGACGAUUCAAACUCACCCAAAGAGGCUUAUAAGCUCAUGAAAAAACCACGGAACCAAUAAUAAAUACAACAAAUUAUAUGCACUUAAAGGGGACUACACGCAAAGAAAGUGUAAAAGUACACAAAUGUUUAGUUUCACGCCCACGAAUGUGAUAUUUAUUAACUGUUAUCAGACGUUGGACGACGCAAAAACAACAUUUGAAAGUGCACCACAGCUGUGGUCAGUUUUGCCAAAUUAGAUCAAUUAAACAAACAAUGCAUCAAUAGUUAUCGAUGGGAAGAUUGUGUAUACUUUACAUCCGAUAAGGCCACAUUCCGGGUUGGGGCAAAGUGUGGGCUAAGCUCAUUUUUAGGUCGGUCUACUUUUUGAUGCGGAGGAGUACGGUAUCUGGCUGUCACCCUCUCGUCUGCCAACAACUAGAUAAUUCGUCUUUGAGUUCAAUGAAGUGGAGAGUGGACAGGAACUGAACAGAAACACAAAACUCCAAAUCGGAAAGCUACUCUUAUUCGACAGUUGUCGGGAAAACAGCAAAACGACAGUCGUUGGAUAAAGAUGCAACGAUGAGCCAACCGCAGCUAAAUGAGUUCAUUCCUCCUCCGGAGUGUCCUGUUUUUGAGCCCAGCUGGGAAGAAUUCGCCGACCCUUUUGCGUACAUCAACAAAAUACGAGUCAUUGCGGAAAAAACUGGUAUCUGCAAGAUUCGCCCUCCACCUGAUUGGCAGCCGCCAUUUGCCUGUGAUGUGGAAAGAUUGAAGUUCACACCACGGAUACAGCGUCUUAAUGAGCUAGAGGCCCAGACCAGAGUUAAACUAAAUUUCUUAGAUAAAAUAGCAAAAUUCUGGGAGCUUCAGGGAUGCACUCUAAAAAUCCCUCAUGUGGAAAGAAAGAUUCUGGACCUGUACCAGCUAAAUAAGCUGGUGAAUAAAGAGGGAGGGUUCGAUGCUGUUUGCAGAGAGCGACGGUGGACGAAGAUAUCUGUCAAGAUGGGCUUCGCUCCAGGCAAAGCAAUUGGCUCUCAUCUGCGUGCACACUAUGAGAGAAUCCUGUACCCUUUUAACUUGUUCCAGAUUGGAGCCAAUCUGCCCAAGGCUACCUUGACCAAUGACACUAAAGAUAAGGAGUACACCCCUCAUGACCUGCCGCAGCGUCAGUCAGUCCAGCCCAAGGAGACCUGCAGUAUUGCUCGCCGUGCCAAACGAAUGAGAUCUGAAAGAGGUUAUUUUAAAACUGAACCAGGAGAAGAAUGUGAGAAGCGUCCCAAUCUCAGGAGGAGGAUGGGAACAUGUGUUGCCAAAUCUGAGCCUGUGAGAAUGUCGGUCACAAUAAAACAAGAACCCCCCGAUUACACGGAUUCACCAGACUUUGAAGAAACUGUAAUAAAUAAGAAUAAGGUGGAACACUACAUGUGCUUAGUCUGUGCUGGUGGAAGUGAUGAGGAUCGUCUGCUGUUGUGUGACGGCUGUGAUGACAGUUACCACACCUACUGUCUGAUUCCUCCCCUUCACGAUGUUCCCAAAGGUGACUGGAGAUGUCCCAAGUGCUUAGCUCAGGAAUGCGGCAAACCUCCUGUUGCGUUUGGUUUUGAGCAGGCCGGCAGAAGCUACAGCCUUCAAGCCUUUGGAGACAUGGCCGACUCAUUCAAGUCUGAUUACUUCAACAUGCCAGUUCAUAUGGUUCCCACUGAACUGGUGGAGAAAGAGUUUUGGCGUUUAGUCAGCACAAUCGAGGAGGAUGUCACCGUGGAGUAUGGAGCAGACAUUGCCUCCAAGGAGUUUGGGAGUGGCUUCCCUGUGAGAAAUGGCCAUUUUCAAGUCACUCCUGAGGAUGAGCAUUACCUGAGCAGUGGCUGGAACCUGAACAAUAUGCCGGUGCUGGAUGCAUCGGUACUGACUCACAUUACAGCAGACAUCUGUGGGAUGAAGUUACCCUGGCUGUAUGUGGGGAUGUGUUUCUCCUCCUUCUGCUGGCACAUUGAAGACCACUGGAGCUACUCCAUAAAUUAUCUUCACUGGGGUGAGCCGAAGACGUGGUAUGGAGCUCCUGGUUAUGCUGCAGAACACCUCGAGUCUGUCAUGAAAAAAUUGGCACCCGAGUUGUUUGAGUCCCAGCCAGAUCUCCUCCACCAGUUGGUCACCAUCAUGAAUCCCAAUACACUGAUGAACAACGGUGUCCCGAUCUAUCGCACCAACCAGUGUGCUGGCGAGUUUGUCAUCACUUUUCCACGAGCUUAUCACAGUGGAUUUAACCAGGGCUUCAACUUUGCUGAAGCUGUGAACUUCUGUACAAUGGACUGGAUGCCCAUUGGCCGCAACUGUGUGAAACACUACCGCCAACUAAACAGGUACUGCGUGUUUUCACAUGAUGAAAUGACCUGCAACAUGGCCGCUAAAGCAGACUAUAUGGAUGUGGACCUGGCAUCAGCAGUGGAGAAGGAUAUGUCCACCAUGGUCCAAGAAGAAGAAGAGCUGAGGGAGAAGAUUAUCAAAUUGGGCGUGGAGCAAUCGAAGCGAGUGGACUUUGAGGUGCUCCCAGAUGAGGAGCGGCAGUGCAGCAAGUGUUGGACCACCUGUUACUUGUCUGGCAUCACCUGCGCCUGUACUCCUGCCAAGAUGGUUUGUCUGUACCACACCCAGGAUCUCUGCUCGUGUCCUCAUACCAACUUGGCACUCUCCUACAAGUUUACACUGGAUGAGUUGCACAAUAUGAUGGCGUCAGUGAAGCAUCGUGCACAAUCGUAUAAAGUCUGGCUUUCUAAUAUUCAGGAGAUUGUGGAGAAGAAGGAAAACAAGAAAAAAGGGUUAGAAGAGCUUCAUGGUUUGAUAGAACAGGCUGAAACAAAGAUGUUCCCACGAAAUAGCUUCCUGAAACAGCUGCAAGAAGUCACAGCAGAGGCUGAUAAAGUUGCUGCGAUGGCACAACAGCUUCUCAAUGGGAAGAGGCAGACGAGGUAUCGAUCUGGAGGAGGAAAGUCUCUAAACCAGAAUGAACUGACAGUGGAGGAGCUGAGGUCCUUUGUCCAGCAGUUGGACAAUCUGCCAUGCACUAUUCGACAAGGUCCUUUACUGAAGGACCUGUUGACACGGGUAGAUGACUUCCAGCAGCGCAGUGAACAUCUUCUGUCAGACGAAUCUCCCAGAGCCACAGAGCUGCAGGAUCUGCUGGAUGCAAGUCUGGGCCUGGACGUGGAGCUGCCUCAGCUGCCUCUGCUGAGAGAGCGCCUGGAGCAGGCCCGCUGGCUGGAGGCUGUUCAGCAAGCCAGCAGCUGGCCUGAGAGCCUCUGUUUAGACACCAUGAGGAGGUUGAUAGACCAGGGCGUCGGUCUGGCUCCUCACAGCUCGGUGGAAAGAGCCAUGGCUCGUCUGCAAGAGCUGCUGACGGUGUCUGAGCAGUGGGAAGAAAAGGCUCUCGGCCUCAUUGAAGCCAGGCCAUAUCACAGCCUAGAAACACUUGAUGCUGCUCUGAAUGAAGUUGAAAACAUCCCUGCUUUUCUGCCAAACUGCCUGCAGCUGAAAGAUGUAGUGGCCAAGGCCAAAAGGUGGCUGCAGGAAGCAGAAACUCUCCAGCUGGGUGGACGUAUUCCUCUGUUGGACAGCCUCUCUGAGCUGGUUCUCAGAGCUGAAGGCAUCCCCGUGAGACUCGACCCCCUGACUCGAUUUGAGGCCCUUGUCACUGACGUUCAGGCCUGGAAGGAGAGUGCAGCAAAGACAUUCCUAGUGAAAAACUCUCCUUUCUCUCUCCUGGAGGUGCUUUGCCCCAGAUGUGAUUUGGGGACAGGAUAUCAGAGGUCAAGAACUAAGAAGGUCAAAGAGGCUUCACAGACCAGUAAAAGGUCAUCAUCAAAACUGGAGUCUCUUUGUGACAUAGAGCGAGCGCUGUCUGAAACCAAGGACACUGCCUCUGCUAUGUCCACACUAGCUGAGGUCCGGCAGAGGGAAAUGGAGAUGUUGUUGUCUCUGAGAACUUCAAAUGAGUCCAGGUUUUUUCCAGUUGAAAGCUGUAGCACAAUUAGCGUUUGUGUUUGCCAAAAGGCCCCGUCAGGGGCCAUGGUCCAGUGUGAGCUCUGUCGAGAGGUUUUCCACGGUGGCUGCGUAGAAGCCACUGAUCACCACGAGUACAGCCAAGCAUGGCUUUGCCCUCUUUGUCAACGAUCUAGUAAACCUCCCCUGGACAAAGUUCUGCCCCUGCUCGCUUCACUGCAGAGGAUCCGGGUACGACUUCCAGAAGGAGAUGCCCUGCGAUUUCUAAUCGAGAGAACAGUACGGUGGCAGCACAGAGUACAGCAGGCCUGCACGGACGGUGUGCUGGAGAAAUUGUCAAAGACGGCAAAAGCUGGACCCAGAAUAUUGUCACAUCUGACUCAGGAAACAAAAGGUUCAUCAUUUCAUGUGGAGCACCCGUCUCUCCCUCUGGACGGACUGGGUCCAGAGCUGGAUGAGCUGAUGGUGGAGGGUUUCCUGCUCCAGGUCACACUGCCUGAGACUGAGCAGCUCUACAGAUACCUGCUGUGCAAACUCGCCCCUCUCUCACCCUCACAUCGGUCACCCGGUGGGAAUCACACAGAACAGGACCAGCAGUCUCCAAAAGGGAGCCCCCAUCACAAGAACGGAGGCUCCAGUCCCAAAAAGGAGUCUGUGAACGGUUCAGGCAAAAGGACCAAACGACGAAAAGACAGCGCAGACUCCCAGCACAGUGAGAAAGCCAAGAAGUGCCGUAAGAAGAAGCCCAAGAAGAGCAGAGAGAAAAGUGAAGACAACAAAAGGACGAGUUCUCCUUCACACACGGUGUCUGACCCUGCUCUGUCAGACUCCGAGGAGGAUUACUCACUGUGUGCUGCACCAUGGUGCAGGGAGCCAGAGGGUGAUGAGGUGAACUGGGUCCAGUGUGAUGGGAGCUGCAACCAGUGGUUUCACCAGGUCUGUGUGGGACUGUCUGCUGAACGAGCAGAGACGGAGGACUACAUUUGCAUAAGCUGCACACAGCCAGACUACAAAAGAGAAUGAAGACCAAAAAGAGUGACUUUGAAGGAUGAGCAGUUUUGUUGCUGCAGCACUUAGGUGCACACCUGAACUCUGUGUGCCCUGUGGCCCUCCCCCUCCGGACAGCCCCCCACUCUUUUUGACCUUCUGGCUUCCCCUGAGUGAACAUGGUGCUAUUUACUUUUACCAGACUUACAACAGACUUGUCUCACUGUUCUAUCUAUUCACGUGGUUGGUUUUCCAGCUAAUCAACUAAUCCUCUCUGAAACUUUCCAUGACUGAAUGCAGAUAAGCAAGAUGACAAAACAUUUUGGAAAAAAAAACAACAACCAGGGAUAUUUUUCAACCAAAAAUAGACAAUUUGACAUCAAAUUUUAUAAGCCUUUUGCUUUUUUUUUUUACAAUGUGAAAGUUAACAUUCUCUUGUAGAUUAAAUAUUAUUUAUCAAAGCAAUAACUGGACUGAAGUUCAGUUUUCAGCAGACUCACAUUUUUGCUUGGAUGGAGCCUAAUUUCUGAAGAAUUCAUUAAAUGAAUCCUCACAAUUACACUUUGAAUGUGUGAACAAAUCUAAUCAGAAAUAGAUGGAUUGACAACUGAAUAUCUCCGCUUGUUUAUCCCAAUGUGCGAAGAAUAGCAACUAAUUAUUUUCCCUUUUUUCCUUUUUGAAAUGUCACUGGCUUUGCUCUUAGAUCAGGUUUCCCCUUUGCUCUGUCUGCACACACUUGAAUCAUGAGCACUGGAUCCGUAGUUUAUGGUGACGGGGUGAGACUUGAUGGUGGGCACAAGGUCGAAUGAACUGUCCGACAUUAAAGGAAUGUACAUUUUGUUUUCGGGUGGAUUUUUCCCUUUAUAUGGUUUAGAAUGAAUAUAUGUUUGACUUAGUUUCUACGCAGACUGUGUGAUUAAUUUACCGAUGGUAAAUUACCUUUUUGUGCUCCUUUGGGUAAAUAAUAUAAUUCAUAUGUUCCAGUUUGCAUUAUAAAAUAAAAGUUUGUUCCCAUUUG